UGCCAACCAACAGGACAGCUUCACUAAGUGAAAAUCAUGUUUCGAAUUACAAAUAUCGUUGCUUUGGCUGUAUGCGUUGUUAUAUGCGCAUCGCAGCCAGUGGAAAAGCUGCCAUUGUUGAAAGGGAUACCUAAUUCUGAAGUGCAGAUUGGCUCGCCGAAGCUUGACAUCGUGUUGGAAUGUGUCACAUCCGAACAAGAUCCGAAUGUCAAAUAUUCCUGGUUGAAAGAUGGUAAGCCAUACACGCCAAGCGGUAACGUCAUCCAGCGCGAAAACGAAGGAACGCUAGUCUUCAGGAAACCAGACAAAUCAAACGAAGGGAAAUACCAAUGUUUGGCGCAAACUGAAUACGGCGUGGCCAGCACUCGUGUGGUGACAUUGAAGAAAUUAUUCUUGGACGAACCGUCAAAAGUGACUUUGAAAAAACAUAAACCGGUCGAAGGUAACAUCUUCAAAUUGGACUGCGAGAUCCCAAACGCGUACCCCAAGCCAACAAUUGCUUGGACACGAAAAUCGUUGACCGAUGAGGCUGACGUCAAAAUGGUUUUGGGCCAACGUUUCACAAUAUCCGAUGAAGGAUCUCUAUACUUCUCCAACAUCACCAAAGAGGACACGAGUCCCGAUUACAAAUAUGUCUGUGUAGCGAAAUCGCCAGAUUCCGGCGAAUAUGUAACAUUGGCCGAGCAUAUUUUGGAAAAUGUCGAACCCAACAAGGGACCGGUCAACAACGACGUGAUAGAACAAUACGUAUCACACGACAUGACAGUGAAGGCUGGUGACUCCAUCUACAUUUACUGUAUUUACGGUGGCAACCCCUUGGCCCAUCCCGACUGGUUCAAAGACGGAAAGGACGUGAACAACGGUGUUAAGGAUCGCGUGACGCGUCACAACAAGAGCGUUGGCAAGCGUCUCGUUAUCAAAGAGGUCUGGGUGUCAGACCAGGGCGAAUACACUUGCGUCGUGGACAAUGAAGUCGGCAGACCACAGAAGCACUCCAUGUAUUUGACCGUCGUCAGUGCCCCUCAAUUCCUCAAGAAUGAUAUCCCCAAUUUAAUCGUAAAACCCGGACAAGAUGUAACUAUUCCCUGUAUUGCUGCCGGUAUCCCUGCCCCGGAGCUAUCCUGGACCUACAAUGCGGACAAGUUGCCCGAGAACGAGAGAAUAGUAUUGAAGAAAUCUUCACAAGGCAACACGACCGUCUCUGAUCUAACCAUUAAGAAUGUUCAAAAGGAGGAUAAGGGAUACUAUGGAUGCAAGGGAAUUAACGAAAACGGGGAAAUCUACACGGAGACACUGCUUUACGUUCAGUAAUGUUUUACGUUUCGUGAUUUUUUUUUUUGUUGUAUCAUGUCAUUAAUACGAUAAUAAAUAAUUAUUAAGUCUA